AUUGUUUUUAAGGGGGCAAACAUUCUUUUAACGGAUAAUGGACAUGUAAAAUUAGCUGAUUUUGGAGUAUCUGCACAGAUAACAGCUACAAUUGCCAAAAGGAAAUCUUUCAUUGGCACACCAUAUUGGAUGGCGCCAGAAGUUGCUGCAGUGGAAAGGAAAGGUGGCUACAACCAGCUCUGUGAUCUCUGGGCAGUUGGAAUAACUGCUAUAGAACUCGCCGAGCUCCAGCCCCCAAUGUUUGACUUGCAUCCAAUGAGGGCGCUCUUUCUAAUGACGAAAAGCAACUUCCAGCCUCCCAAGCUAAAGGACAAAAUGAAAUGGUCCAAUAGUUUCCAUCAUUUUGUGAAAAUGGCACUUACAAAAAACCCUAAAAAACGACCUACAGCUGAAAAAUUAUUACAGCAUCCUUUUGUUACCCAGCCAUUAAAUCGAAGUCUCGCUAUUGAACUUUUGGAUAAAAUGAACAAUCCUGAUCAUUCCACUUACCAUGAUUUUGAUGAUGAUGAUCCUGAGCCUCUCCUAGUGCCUCAUAGAAUUCAUUCAACAAGCCGAAAUGUGAGAGAAGAAAAGACACGCUCUGAAAUAAACUUUGGUCAAGUAAAAUUUGAUCCACCCUUGCGAAAGGAGACAGAGCCACAUCAUGAAUUUCCUGACAGUAGCGAUUUUUUGGACAAUUCAGAAGAAAUGUACUACACUGCAAGAUCUAACCUGGAUCUGCAGCUGGAAUACGGUCAUGGUCCUCAGGGUGGCUACUUCUUGGGUGCAAAUAAGUGAGUAAGCAACGGUGUUUUUUGCUUUAAUUCAGUCUCAUCUGUUUUAAUGUAAAAUCACAAGUAUGUGUUAAACAUGUUAGCAGACACGGAUGUGUUGAGCUUGUUUACAUCAGUUGCAAUUCCAAAAUCACUCUUUAUUUCUACUGUGGUAGCAAAGCCAAUGAUGCAAUUACAAAACUUCUCUG